UUUACUUUGUCUUCAUCUUGAAUCUCUUGAAGAUUGCAUCGGAUCAUUCGUCUUGUGUUCAACAACGAUCAGCUUGGAAGCAUCGAACAACGCCAGUUCCCAUCUUUCGUACUGUAACAACCUCCACUGAGUCAUUUUCUCCCUAUGCACUUAUUAGAUUGCAUAUAUCUCUGAACAUGUUCAUCUCAUGAGUGCACAAUGACUACUAAACCGGCCGGCUCAUCUGCGGCCGCUUCUUGGGUGUUUCGCUAACAAAUGAAACAUUGUUGGGAUGUCCACAUGGCGAGGUUUCUGGAGAAUACGGACCACUUCUCGCAGAUUCGAGAUCGUGGCUUCAUAGCUACAGGGACACCCAUCUAAACCCUCAGCUGCGUACUCGUACGAUUUGAUCUUUCACCAAGGUCUUGUGAACUUCCCUGGGCUAGACAAGGCUAGGCUUAAGCUAAGCCUGCACGUGAAACCACCCGCCUUACCUGAGACAACCUUUGCCUCAUCAACGUCCUCUUCCCAAACGACCACUCUGGCCGACAAUACUGCCCGCAACCGUCAAUUCUACCAUCGGCCUUUCCUAGCUCUUGUUGUCCACCCAAUACAGCAAACAUCAGGUCACCGAAUGGAUAUGACGCCAUCAAUGAGCUGUUUCUCGCUCGCUUGCACGGCUAUCGACUCCAGAACACACCCUAGUGCUUCCUUGGCAGGACUUCUAUAAAGGCUUUCUCGACACAUUCGCCUUCAGGUUGAGAGCAGCUAUCUUGGCAAGCUUGACCACUCCGCUCGUCAGAGCCGUGGUGGACUAUUUGGUGAGGCCGGAUGGCUGUCAAGGCUCAUGCAAGUAUAUAAGUUGAGUGCGGAUGUCUUUGAAAGUCGAAACCAUCACCUUCACCACAAGCAUCUUCUCUUGGAUUCUCUUGUUCAUCCGCUGGUCGGUUCAUUGUUUUCUGCGUCUGUUCUCGCGAGCUAGUCUCUCCUUUCACAUCUCCAAUCUCGCCUUUCAGUCUUUAUCUGGACUCUAGCAUUGUUCAAAUCGCCAAAAUGCAUUUCCAAGCCACUGCCCUCGCAGCGUUUAUCGCUAUUGCUCACGCUCGAUUUGGCCAGGAGCAGGUCCCGAUCCCAGCGAUUGCCGCCGUCCAAGGAGGUAACCCGGGUGACGCGCAAACCAUCGCUGGUGCGGCCGUUAGCGACUUGCUUGCCGGUACAAACGCUUGUGACAAACUCAAGCGAGCUGAUCAGAUUAUCAGUGAACUUGGAACCGGAGCCGACUCGAUUGCUGCUGCUAUUGGACUGGUUGCCGCCGAAAAGAACUUCAAUCCAUUCGCACAGUCCAUCCCUACCAUCUGUAGCGAUCCAACUUUGCCAGUAACCGAUAUACUCCGUGGCAUCACUCCCUUGAUCGACCCAGCUGUGGGUGGAUCUGACGUCGCCAAUGCUCUGUCUGCUCAGACUGUAGCUACCCCAUUGGAUGCUACGGGCAAAAGUGUGGCCGAUCUCCUGUCCGAGAAUGGGUUCACCAAUUUCACCACUCAAGACUCGACUGGCACUACUGGCACGGCAGCCGCUGGUGACUCUACAGCUGGUACUGGAGCUGCAUCAACUUCUUCUGCUCCCGUGGCUACCUCUGCUGCAGCAGUUGCAUGUUCUGCCGCUGUCUCGGCCACUACCUCCGCUGCUGCAGCUGCAACUGCUACAACAACUACUACGGCUGCCACGACUGGGAAUGCCUCAGCUGGCACAGCAGGAGCCGACUUUGGUCUCUGCAAGCCUACCAUGAAGUUUGAAGGUGGACUUGGUGGUCGACCUGCUACGGAAUUUACCUUCUUGCCAAUCGACCCUCUAGUCGCCCAGGGACAACAGGAGGCUUUGAACCCUAACAUCAUCACCAACCGUAUCUGCGAUCAAUUGACCAACGUGUGCAAGGCCAACGAUGCAGCCAAGUCACUAUGUCGCGAUGCUCAAGCUCAAAUUGAAGCCCUCGGCACCCGUGACAAGACCACCGCCGACACAUGGAACACUCUCCUGGGAUUUGCGGGAACUGUCACUAACCCUGAUGGUGGUGCAGACUCUCCACCUGCCAAGAUGCGAGUCGUUCGAUCCUACCGUGCUUAGGAAAAUAUAUACGAACAUGUUCUUGUUGAAAGAAGAGCACAGGAGUGAGACACUUUUGCGGAUAAGAGGGAAGUGCUAGAGAGGGAUAGGAGAUACGACAAAGCCCCAUGACAGUUCAUUUCGGAAUGAUGUAUAAUUUAGGCUGAUACGCAUGAUGUACAAUGCAGAAUCAGAGUUUUGAUGUGAAG